CGAACUGGUGCAUCCCGGGCCACCGAGAAGCACAACAUGUAAACUUAACUUCUGCAGCACCAGGCCAGCCCUGUGCACUAUGUUUUUAUUCACUGAAACAUCCCAUAGAUUUCACCCUCUGCCUCAUGGAGUGCUGUAACCUGUGGGUAAUAUGGAAGAACAUGAAAGAAGUUUUCUUACGAAGAAUCAUUGGUCCACAAAUGAUAUGUGUUUCAUUUGUAUAGCAUUUGAGUCAUUUCCCAACAUGUUCUGGAACUUGUUCUUAGAGAGAAAUCAGAUGGAAUGUGAUCACAGUGAAAAUGUGUAUUUCCGUGUGUUGACAAUAUUGUUAAAUUGAUGAGCAUUGUGUAUAGAAAAGAGGGAGCUUGUGAUGAUCACACAUAGAAUAAAUGUUUGGAGAUAAUAGAAUCCCAUCUAACCUUCCUAGAAUUGCACUGUAGAUCCCCAGUGCUGUCAGGCUCAUGUAUCCUACUCUAUACACAUUUGUGGUGUUUCAGGACUCAGUGGCCGUUGAGGACGUGGCUGUGAACUUCACCCCAGAGGAGUGGGCUUUACUGGAUCCCCCACAGAAGAAACUCUACAGAGAUGUAAUGUGGGAAACCUUCAGGCACCUGGUCUCAGUAGGAAUAACAUGGGAAGACUGUGAUCUUCAAGAUCAGUACAAAGACCAGGGGAGAAAAGUAAGAAAGCACAGGGUAGGGAGACUCUGUGAAAGUGAAGAGGAUAGUCAGCGUGGAGAAAACUUCAUCCUUCUUCCAAAUCUCAGUCUGAACAAGAAAACUACAGGAGCUAUACCAUUUGGAUGCAGUGCAUGUGGAAGAGUCUUCAUGCAUCACUCAUCCCUUAAUGCGCACAUUAGAUGUCACACUGAACAUAAAACAUAUGAGUAUCAAAAAUAUGGAGAGAAGCCAUAUAAAUGUAAGAAAUGUGGGAAAUCCUUCACUUAUCACAGUUUACUUCAAAGACAUGAAAGAACUCAUAGUGGAGAGAAACCCUAUGAAUGUAAAAAAUGCAGUAAAGCCUUCACUUCUUCCAGUUGUCUUCAAAGACAUGAAAGAAUUCAUACUGGAGAGAAACCAUAUGAAUGUAACAAAUGCAGUAAAGCAUUUACUUGUUCCAGUCAUCUUCGACUUCAUGAAAGAAUUCAUACUGGAGAGAAACCCUAUGAAUGUAAGAAGUGCAGUAAAGCAUUCACUUCUUCCAGUUGUCUUCAACUUCAUGAAAGAACUCAUACUGGAGAGAAACCCUAUGAAUGUAAAAAAUGCAGUAAAGCAUUCACUUCUUCCGGUCAUCUUCACAGACAUGAAAGAAUUCAUACUGGAGAGAAACCAUAUGAAUGUAAGAAAUGCAGUAAAGCAUUCACUUCUUCCAGUUGUCUUCAACUUCAUGAAAGAACUCAUACUGGAGAGAAACCCUAUGAAUGUAAAAAAUGCAGUAAAGCAUUCACUUCUUCCGGUCAUCUUCACAGACAUGAAAGAAUUCAUACUGGAGAGAAACCCUAUGAAUGUAAAAAAUGCAGUAAAGCAUUCACUUGUUGGCGUUAUCUUCAAAGACAUGAAAGAAUUCAUACUGGAGAGAAACCGAUUGAAUGUAAAAAAUGCAGUAAAGCAUUCACUUCUUCCAGUUGUCUUCAACUUCAUGAAAGAACUCAUACUGGAGAGAAACCCUAUGAAUGUAAAACAUGCAGUAAAGCAUUCAGUUCUUCCAGUUGUCUUCAAAAACAUGAAAGAAUUCUUACUGGAGAGAAACCCUACAAAUGUAAAAGAUGCAUUAAAGCAUUCGCUUCUUCCAGUUCUCUUCGACUUCAUGAAAGAACUCAUACUGGAGAGAAACCCUAUGAAUGUAAAAAAUGCAGUAAAGCAUUUGCUUGUUCCAGUCAUCUUCGAGUCCAUGAAAGAAGUCACACUGGAGAAAAACCCUUUGAAUGUAAAAUAUGUGGUAAAGCAUUUGCUUGUUCCAGUCAUCUUCGAGUCCAUGGAAGAAGUCACACUGGAGAAAAACCCUUUGAAUGUAAAAUAUGUGGUAAAGCAUUUGCUUGUUCCAGUCAUCUUCGAGUCCAUGAAAGAAGUCACACUGCAGAAAAACCCUUUGAAUGUAAAAUAUGUGGUAAAGCCUUCAUUUCUACCGGUUCUCUUUCAACACAUGAAAGAACGCACACAAGACAGAAAUCAUAUGAAUGUAAAAUCUGCAAUAAAGCAUUCUCUUCUUCCAGUUCUCUUCAAAGACAUGGAAGAACUCACACUGGAGAGAAACCCUUUGAAUGUAAAAACUGCAGUAAAGCAUUCACUUGUUCCAGUUCUCUUAGAAUACAUGAAAGAACUCACAGUGGAGAGAAGCCCUAUGAAUGCAAAGAAUGCAAUAAAGCCUUCACUGCUUCCAAAUAUCUUCGAGUCCAUGAAAGAAGUCACACUGGAGAAAAACCCUUUGAAUGUAAAAUAUGUGGUAAAGCCUUCAUUUCUACCAGUUCUCUUUCAACACAUGAAAGAACGCACACAAGAGGGAAACCAUAUGAAUGUAAAAUCUGCAAUAAAGCAUUCUCUUCUUCCAGUUCUCUUCAAAGACAUGAAAGAACUCACAGGUGAGAGAAGCCCUAUGAAUGUAAAGAAUGCACUGGAGAGAAACCCUUUGAAUGUAAAAACUGCAGUAAAGCAUUCACUUGUUCCAGUUCUCUUCAAAUACAUGAAAGAACUCACAGGUGAGAGAAGCCCUAUGAAUGUAAAGAAUGCAAUAAAGCCUUCACUGCUUCCAAAUAUCUUCGAGUCCAUUUAAGAAGUCACACUGGAGAGAAAGCCUAAGAAUGUGAGGAAAGUGAGAAAAGCUUUAGUUCUCAUGCAAAUGUUUGAGGAUAUGCACAAACACACACUAGAGGUAAAACCAGGUGGAUAUAAACAAUUUGGGACUUUUCUUAUCCCACUUCUUUCUUCUUUUUUUUUUUUUUAAAGAUUUUAUUUUUUUCCUUUUUCUCCCCAAAGUCCAGCUGUACAUAGUUGUAUAUUCCUUGUUGUGGGUUCCUCUAGUUGUGGCAUGUGGGAUG